CAGUCUCACUCGCGUGCCUCUCCCUCACGCCCCAACUGUCAGAUCUCUUUCUCUCUCUAAAUUUUACUGUUUCUCACCACUGUUAACCUUUUUCAUCUUCAACCCCCUCUUCCUCUCUCUCUCUCUCUCUCUCUCUCUAUCUGCUUUUUCUUGUUAUUCUUAGUUCUUCGUCUCUUUCUCUCUCUCUCUCUCUAGGCUAAGAUUUUUCUCUCUCUAGAAGGUGUGCGUAUCUGUGUGUGUGUGUGUGUGUGUGUGUGUGAGUGUGUGUGUUUGGGGAGUUUCGACUUUCGAUUUUGGUUUUGUUUUCUUUUCCAUUUGUGUUGUCCGGGGAGAGAUUAAAGCUAGAAGAUGCAAUGAAGGCAGAGUUUAAAUUUGAACCCUUGAUUAAAGAAAAAUGCUCCUGAUCUCAGUGGAUUAUGCUGGAGAAGUUUAUGGCCCAUGCAAUGGUGACUUAUGUGCCGGGUGGUUGGUGUAAUUCUGCAUCAAGAUUGGGCUUAAAUAGAUAGCCAGGAUACAUUAUGAGGAGCUUAGGGCAAUGGGAAGUGGUGUUUGCACCUGGAAAUGAAGGAGAGGCAGCGUUGGAGAGCUGAAGAGGACGCUUUGUUACAUGCAUACGUGAAACAAUAUGGACCAAGGGAGUGGAACCUUGUUUCACAGCGCAUGAACACACCCCUAAACAGGGAUGCAAAAUCUUGCUUAGAAAGGUGGAAUAACUACCUCAAACCUGGUAUCAAGAAGGGAUCUCUUACUGAAGAGGAGCAGCGUCUUGUAAUCCGUCUUCAAGCCAAGCACGGCAAUAAGUGGAAGAAAAUUGCAGCCGAAGUCCCUGGCAGAACUGCUAAAAGACUGGGCAAGUGGUGGGAAGUGUUCAAAGAGAAGCAACAAAGGGAACAAAAGGAGAAGAAUAAGACAGUUGAUUCAAUUGAGGAGGGCAAGUACGAUAGGAUUUUAGAAACUUUUGCAGAGAAACUAGUGAAAGAGAGGCAUAGCUCAGCCUUUUCCAUGGCUACUUCUAAUGGGGGCUUUCUUCAUACCGACCCACCUUCCCCUGCUCCAACUCUUCUUCCACCUUGGCUUUCUAAUUCCAGCACUGCCCCUGCUGUCAGGCCACCAUCCCCUUCAGUGACUCUAACCCUAUCUCCCUCGACAGUGACAGCUGCUCCACCAAUCCCAUGGCUGCAGCCUGAGAGGAUGUCAGAAAAUACCCCUGUUGUUUUGGGAAAUAUGGUGCCCUAUGGAUCAAUUCCUCCUUGUGGUGAGAACCCGCUGGUAUCUGAACUGGUGGAGUGCUGCAGGGAGCUGGAAGAAGGGCAACGUGCUUGGGUUGCGCACAAAAAGGAAGCAGCCUGGAGGUUAAGAAGGGUAGAGUUACAACUGGAAUCGGAGAAGGCAUGCCGUAGAAGGGAGAAAAUGGAAGAAAUAGAGUCGAAGGUGAAGGCUUUAAGGGAAGAGCAGAAGGCUACUCUUGAUAGAAUUGAAGCUGAAUACAGGGAACAGCUAGAAGGGCUAAGGAGGGAUGCGGAAGCAAAGGAGCAAAAAUUAGCUGAGCAAUGGGCUGCAAAGCACUUGCGUCUUACUAAGUUUCUUGAACAAAUGGGGUGCAGACCCAGGCUCACUGAGCCUAAUGGCCGGUGAGGAAGAUCAGCUCUACGCGGUUCGACAUUCUGCUUUCAAAAGACUGCGUUGCUGCACAUCCUUUUUGAUCAUGUGUCUAUUCUCUUCUCAAAUUCUACGAUAGAUGUCUAUUUAUAUUUUCUAUCUACUUAUCCCUUUGGCACUCUGAAUGGAAGGCAGCAUUAGCUGAACUUGCUCUGUCUUGCAUUCACUUCUUAAAAAUAUAUUAAAUUUAUAUCCCAACCAUUGCACGAAACUGUUUGAAUCCUUUUCAGAAUGAGAGGAGGAUAUAAUCGUUUGAUCAGAUAUGGCAUUGGUUUCCGGAGGACAAGGAGUCUGAUUUCACAUACAUGGAGGCAGAUGCCUGUAAUACCUGCCAUUGGUGGGGUUUGUCAAUUGAGAGAUGAAAAUGUUUGCAUGUUAUAUUGUAUCUUGUUCAUUCUCGCCCCUGCACCUGCUGAUGUGUAAUCUUGAAAUUUUUGUAUUUUCUAUUAUAUUGUUAGUGAAAUGGCAGGAAUUACCUUUUUGUAUUUGAGAAAUUGAAGGUUUUUAGCUUA